UAAACUGUGAACACACUCAGCAUCCACAUUGCACUACGAAACUCAGAACUCCUCUGAUUAAUCAGAUUUGGCUGGGACAGUUCUGCGAAAUUGGUGUUGAGGGACCAUGUUGGUGUCUCUUACUGUGUCAGGGUUUUCUAUGAAGCCAAAAACUCACCGAGCACACCAACACACAAUACUCUACAAUUCCCCUUUGAUCAGGUUUGCUCAUGGCUUUGAUCUGUUGCUAAUCGUCUGUGUUGUUUGAAGUGAAGAGACAAAGUUUUUGGGUGGGUUUGUGAAUGAGUUGUUGGGGUGUCCAAAGUUUGAAAAUGUCCUCUGGUGAUAAAACAUAAAUCAUUCCCUGCAUUACCAUCCUGCUGAAAACAAACAAACAAACAAAUAAACAACAAAAAACACAGUAGAAACCAUUGUGGAAUUUGUAAUGGUUAUAAUAGGAAUUGUAUUGGUUUUAAUGGAAACUGUAAUAGUCCAUGUGGGUCUCUAGUGGUAAUUUGUUGCUUUCUGAUGGCGGCGUGUUAUGUCUAGUGGAUACCGUUAAGGACCUUUGUCCGUAUUACGUCCUACUGUGUAAUGGAAUCCAUUUGGUAAUGGUUUUAAUGGUUAACAAGUUUGUAAUGGUGUUUGUCGUGGAAACCAUUAGAACUUUCUGUGAUGGUUUCUAUUCUUUUGUUUUGUUUUUCAGCAGGGUAUACUCUUGUUGGCUAAGGCGUAAAAGAUUGAGUUGACAGAAAGUCAACAAACUGGCUUGACUGUCCUCAAGUGACAAUGGCAGAUCGCUCUGCGGCAGACAGAGCUUGUAAGGACCCCAACCCUAUCAUUGACGGCAGGAAGGCCAACGUGAACCUGGCUUACCUGGGAGCCAAGCCGCGGGUGAUGCAGCCAGGAUUCACGUUUGGUGUACCCCAGAUUCAUCCGGCUUUCAUCCAGAGACCGUAUGGGAUCCCCGCUCACUACGUAUACCCACAGGCAUUCAUGCAGCCCAGCGUGGUGAUCCCUCACGUGCAGCCGACCACUGCGUCCACCGCCGCCACCGCCUCCUCGCCCUACAUCGACUACACUGGAGCUGCAUACGCACAGUACGCCAGCGCUGCUACUGCUGCGGCUGCCGCCGCCGCGUAUGAGCAGUACCCGUACGCCGCCUCCCCCGCCGCAGCCGGCUACGUCACUACAGCUGGCUAUGGCUACGCUAUGCAGCAGCCACUGGCCGCUGCCACUCCAGGCUCGGCGGCAGCCGCCGCGGCCGCCGCAUUCGGUCAGUACCAGCCCCAGCAACUGCAGGCCGAGCGCAUGCAAUAGCAGCUCAUGGCACUGAGAUGUGAGGAAAAGCCAAUGCUCAGUGACUGCUCAUUGGCUGUACAGAGGUGUCUCACCAGAGGGAGGAUAAUGUGAUGAGGAUGACGACUGAUGGAGGUGUUUAAGUGAGGUGGGAACUCCAUCGCUUUCCAACUUGCUGUGAUUAAACCAAAAAAAAAAAAAAAAGAAAAAAUGUGAAAAAAAAAAAUCAGAGAAGGCGUAAAGACAGAGAUGUAACUUUUUACCAUUAUCGAAACUGUUCUUGUUAUCUUUAUGCUUAAUAUUGAUGUAGUGUAUUUAUUGCUAAAGGAGAACGCAAUGACUAAUCACUGUGGCUUAAGAAGCCUUAAGUCCAGAUGCUGUCAUUAAAUUAGAAGACUUUUCUUCAUGAAGGACUUUAGAUGUCCGCACAGUGUUUUGAUUCUGAAGCCCUCUAACUUACAUAUUUAUUCUCAUUUUUGAGGGACUUCUUCUUUUUUUUCCUGUUCUGUCGUCUAAUGUGCAUUGCGAGGUUUUGUUUUCUGAUUAUCAGGGAAAUGGAGCAUUUUUUUUUUUUUCUUCCAACAAAUUAGUAAAGACAAACAAACUCUGCCAAUCAGGGAGUAGGACACAACUGUGGAGAAAUGGAGUGAAAGAAAAUAUAAAUGUAGCUUUGUCUGGCAUGUUCAGGAUGGCCUUUUUAUCUUCCUGAUGCUGAAUGUCCCCCUACUCUGAUUCCCAUUUUGACCUCUUGACCUAUGCAAAGCAAAAAAAAAAAAAAAAACGACCCAAAAAAAAAAACAACAGCCGACGGGAGACAAAACAAACUGCGGAGAUUUCCUGCCACUCUCCUCUGAAGGAUAACGAACAAUUUCAGAGCUCAACGAAAGGACAUUACGUAGUAUUAUUUUUGCCUACUCGUUCACACACGCACACGUACAGACACUAAUUUCCACUGUUAACUCUGUGCAAACUCAUGUACACACUAUUGCACACGUACACCUAUUCAUGCACACGCAUUGUAUGAUAAAUCCAAAUUGACAAAAGGUCAGAGCUGGAGACUUGUGAGUGAGGAACAGGCAGCAGCUGAUGUGUGGGGAUAGACAGGCUCGCACACAUACACACAUGCAGACACACACAGAUUGCUCUGGAAAGAACCCAUCACUUGUGCUCGUUUGUUGAGCUGUCACAUUUUAAUCCCUGUGCCCGCUUGGGAACAUGUCCCCCACCUUUCCAGCUUUGUCAGCAGUUCCACCCCUGUCCUACAGAGCCGGGCUGGAGGUUUAAGCGCAGACUGCGUUCCCCUGAUCCCCUUCUGACAUCACCCUCAGCACCUGCCACCGCAUCUCUCGCUCAUGAGCAGCUCCUCUCUGGAACGAACGAGUGAGAACGUGAGACAAGCAGACUUCAACAAUGAACCAAUGAACAUCCAUCAGUCAACCAAACUCUGUCUGUCUAGAGAAAUGUCUGUGCACCAGCAUGUCUUUCUUUCCUAGUGAGAGAUUAAUCCAUUCUCUGUUCUCUCAUGGCUUUGUACUAAAAAGCAGCACUAAAGCUGAGGGCUCAAACACAAGUCUGAGAGUUCACAGUGCCUUACAACUGUAAUGCUAUUUAAAGAGGAAAGAGAACUGAUAUUUAUUUAUUUUGAGAGUUAUGCUGCGCUCUAAGGACGGAGACUUAGUGGUGGUACUGUAUUAAUAAUAACAAUAAUAAUAAUAAUAAUAAUAAUAAUAAUAAUAAUAAUAAUGUAUUCAUCUCAUGGCAUAUUAUAAGUUACUGAGUAGAUUUAGUUAUAGUAUCAUUAACAUACUCAACCAAAAAAAAAUGUUGAUUUAUUUAAGAUAAAAUUCUGUAUGUGCACUGUACAUUUUGUUUUUCUAUACCUUAUGAAUUUUAGAGCAUUUCAUUAAAUAUCUGCUAGGUUAAUGCCUCUUGUAAGAUGUUUAUUUAAUGCAGGCCUAUGUGCAGGCAGGAUCUCUCUUUUUUUUUUUGUCAUAUCUAGAACUGUAGAAAAUAAAAAAAGAGGAAAAACUCCUUGUAAAAACUAAGCAAAAUGCUGCUUCAUACACUAGAAUGUAUAGUCCUUGUCAAGGUUCAAUAUCUGUGCUUCUACUGCUUUUAAUAUACAGUACAUCAGAUGGGCUAUUUUACACUGUCGGGAAUUUUUAUACUUGAACUUGAACAAGGGAAAAUAUGAAAAGCAAUAACAAACUUUUUAAGGAAGCAUUUCAUUGUCACUGGAUUUGGGCAUGUAAGGUGUUAUUUACUAUUUAAUGUCGAUCCAAAGGUUGUCUCAGUAAACCUAAUUUAAACCUUAUUUCAGAUUUUCAACACUAUUUACUCGAAAAAGAAAAUAAAAGGUUCUAUAUUUCAACCUUCAAA